ACUUUCUCCAGACUUCUUCAUUCCUUCCUUCCUUCAUUCCUUCCUUCCUUCCUUCAUUCGCAUUUGCAGAAAAUAUACCUAGCCUUUUUUUUUUUUAAAAAGAAAAAUGUCUUCCAAGGACAUAUCAAUGUUUCUUUCUUGGGCGGAGGAGAAUGAAAUUCUGUGGGAUAAAAAGGCGAUCGAAAUAAAGGAGGGCAAGCAUGGUUUAGGUGUUUAUGCAAAGAAGCAAUUGGAUGAAGGAUAUGAAGUGGUCAAGGUCCCAAAGUCAAUUGUCUUAUCAGUUGAAACGACAGGCAUUGCCAACUUGUUAUCAGAUGAAGAAAUUGAAGGUUACAUUGGCCUGGUCAUUGGAUGUAUGUUCGAAAUGUCUCAACAACAUCGAUCUCCUUGGUCUCCUUAUCUAACUUUGUUGGUAAAACGUCCACCUCAAAUGGCCACAUCUUUAUCUAAGGAUGCUCGUGAAAUGAUGAAGUGUUGUGAAGCCUAUCAUGAUAUUGAAGCUGACAUUAAAGAUAUGCAGGAUGAUUAUGACUCCAUUGUAAUCCCAUUCAUCAAUCGGCAUCCAGAUGUGUUCACGGAACAAGUCAAGGCCAAGUUCUUUACCUUUGAGGCAUUCAAAAUUAUGACACAGCAUGCUUCUUCGCGCGCCAUGGAUGUCGACAACUUUCAUAUCUCUGCUCUUGUUCCCUUUGCAGACUUAAUCAAUCAUAAUCAAAUGCCUAAUGCUGACUACUUGACACACGAAGAUGUUUGUGAGAUCUGUGGCAAUUUGGUAUGUGAACAUCGGGAGGAAAGUAACGACUCUGAAGAUGAUGAUGAUGAUGAUGAUGAAGAUAUAGAACUUGAAGAUGAUGGUGAUGGUGAUAAAGUGCCUAAUCUCGUUGGUGGCAAUCAUCAUGGUAAUGACAACAGUGAUAGUGAAGAAGCUCUUGGCUCGCCAGACGAAGAUGAGGCAUUACAUAUUGCUAAGAAACCCGAGAAGAAUCACACCAAGAAUGACGAUACUAUUGAUGGUGAUGAUCACGAAGAAGAAGAAGAAGAAGAAGGAGAAGAAGAAGAAGAAGAAGAAGAAGAAUGGGAAGAUGAGGAUGAAGACAAUGAAGACGAUGAAGACGAUGAAGAAAUUAUCAACGAUACCUGCGACAUCAUCUUGGACUAUCCAGUCAAGAAGGGUGAAGAGAUCACACGCCAUUAUGGUCCUUACUCCAAUAAGGUCCUUCUUAGCAAGUACGGCUUUGCAGUCGAAGAUAAUGCUCAUGAUACAGUCACGAUUCAAUUAGAGAUGGUUCGUCAGGCUGCAGAGCAGUUUAUCAAAGAUAAAACGUUGGUAGAAGAAAGGAUCGAGUGGUUUUUGGAAAAUGAAGACGCCUUCAUCGGGGAUGAGCAUGAAGAUAAUGAUCAUGAAUAUGGACAUGAAGGUGGAUGCUGCGAUAGCGACGACAAUCACAUGCAUGACCAUGGCGUGGAACAGGGAAGAGAGGAAGUGGAGGAAGUGGAUGCGAAACAUAAGCAUUUCAAGAAUAGCAAAAAGAAGAGCCAGAUCAAGGAGCAGAAGAUUGAUGAUGAAGAUCAAGAAGAAACAGAAGAUGAAGGACAAGAUAUGAGUGAAAACGGUGAGGAGGAUGAAGAAAAUGAAGAAGAUGAAGAUGAAGAGGGCUUCCCUAAAGAUCUCAUGUACAUGAUGCAUGAUGGUUCAGUAGACGACCGCCUGCUGAUGCUUCUGAACGUCUUGUUCAUGGAAAAGAAUCAGUUUAAGAAGGUCAAGGAAGAUAUGGAUAUCGCAACUGAGUACUUCAGCGAUAUAUUCAGGCGUCGUCAGCAAGAAGAACAUGGUGAUGAUGACGACGAGGACGAGAGCGAAGACGAGGAUAUGGAAGUAGAAGAUGAAGAAGGUGAUGAAGAGGACAAUGCCAAGGUAACGAUGAAGGCUCUUCAAAAACCAGAACUCAAACCUCGCGAUGUCAAGUCCAAAAAAGUCCGCCGGGCGGUUCUAAAGGCUAUUCUUGCCUUGAUCCGUAUCCGGGCUGAUACCUUUGGCGUGACAGACAAGACGACUGCAGAGCAGGACCUUGAGUCCUUGAAGAAAGCUAAACUAUCUGGCCCUCUGUACUAUGGAGGCCUCUGCGUCCAAGGCGAAAAGCAAAUACUCCAGAAUGCACUUCAGGGUUACACGCAUUUUCUCUCUGAAUUGUAGUCACGAAAGCAAAUAGAAAGGGGGACAAUGUUCAAGUUAAACAUUAGAAG